AUGGCGGUACCUGGAUGAAAUUGCAGUUUCUCCUUGGCCCACCCCUGUGUCAGCAGCUCCAGGAUGUGGCACUUCAGAAUCUUCCUGCUGUUCUUGUCCACCUGGGGAAUUUCCGGCACACCAGCUCACCCUGGCCCAGUGUUCUCCAGCAGCAAGUAUGCCCACCAAGUGCUUCGGGUCAGACGUGCCAACAGCUUCCUGGAGGAGGUGCGGCCAGGCAGCCUGGAACGGGAGUGUAUGGAGGAGAUCUGUGACUUCGAGGAGGCCCAGGAGGUUUUCCAAAAUGUGGAAGACACACUGGCCUUCUGGACCAAGUACUUCGACGGUGACCAGUGCAUGGCUCCGCCCUUAGACCACCAGUGCAACAGCCCGUGCUGCGGGCAUGGCACUUGCAUCGACGGCCUGGGCAGCUUCAGCUGCAGCUGCAAUGAGGGCUGGGAGGGCAAGUUCUGUCAGCAGGAGCACCUCCAAGACUGUCGGGUGAACAAUGGCGGCUGCUUUCACUACUGCCUGGAAGAGAGCAAUGGGCGGCGCUGCGCUUGCGCCCCAGGGUAUGAGCUGUCAGAUGACCAUAGGCACUGCAAGUCCAUCGUGAAAUUUCCAUGUGGGAAACUGGGGAGGUGGAUAGAGAAGAAACGCAAGAUUCUCAAACGGGACACAGAGUCAGAAGAUGAACUAGACCAAGAUCCAAGGAUAGUCAAUGGAACGCUGACGAAGCAGGGUGACAGUCCUUGGCAGGCAAUCCUUCUGGACUCCAAGAAGAAGCUGGUCUGUGGAGGAGUGCUUAUCAACACCUUCUGGGUGCUAACGGCAGCCCACUGCGUGGAGAGCGCCAAGAAGCUUACCGUGAGGCUUGGUGAGUAUGAUCUGCGACGCAGGGACCACUGGGAAGUGGACCUGGAAAUCAAGGAGAUUCUCGUCCACCCUAACUACACUCGGAGCAGCAGUGACAAUGACAUUGCACUGCUCCUCCUGGCCAAGGAAGCCGCUCUCUCUAAAACCAUAGUGCCCAUCUGCCUGCCAAACAAUGGCCUGGCGGAGGAGCUCACUCAGGCUGGCCAGGAGACAGUGGUGACAGGCUGGGGCUAUCAAAGUGACAAAAUCAAGGAUGGCAAAAGGAACCGAACCUUCAUCCUCACCUUCAUCCGCAUCCCUUUGGCUGCUCGAAAUGAGUGUGUGCAGGUCAUGAGCCAUGUGGUCUCAGAGAACAUGCUGUGUGCAGGCAUCAUCGGUGACACGAGAGAUGCCUGUGAUGGUGACAGUGGGGGGCCGAUGGUGGUCUUUUUUCGGGGUACCUGGUUUCUGGUGGGCCUGGUGAGUUGGGGUGAGGGUUGCGGGCACCUCAAUAACUAUGGCGUCUACACCAGAGUGGGCAGCUACCUCGAAUGGAUCCACAGCAAUAUCGGGGAAAAGGAUGCCUCCCUUAAGAACCAGAAGUCACUCUUAGAGUAA